AUGGCCGAGGGUCUUGGAGCUCUGUUGGAGGCAAGCUUGGACCCCAGACAGAACAAGGCGGCUGAGACAACCCUCCGCCAGGAAGAGAAAAAGCCUGGUUUCUCGCUACAGCUUCUUCACAUUACCGCCUCGCAGGCUACACCCUACAACACACGUCUCGCAAGUGCACUUUGCUUUAAGAACUUCAUCAAGCGCAACUGGACCGACGAAGAUGGCACACAUAAGCUGCAGAAGGAUGAGGUCGAGACUCUCAAGCGCGAGUUGAUCUCUCUGAUGAUUUCGGUUCCUCCGGGCAUUCAAAGCCAGCUAGGCGAAGCCGUCAGUGUGAUUGCGGACAGUGACUUCUGGGAGAACUGGGAUACACUUGUGGAUGACCUUGUGUCAAAGCUAUCGCCAGCUAACCCCACCGUUAACAUUGGAGUGUUGCAAGUUGCGCACUCUAUCUUUAAGAGAUGGAGGCCCUUGUUCCAGUCCGAUGCGCUAUACACUGAGAUCAACCACGUUCUCGGCAAGUUCGGUACUCCGUUCCUCGCACUUUUCGAGGCGCUGGAUAACUAUCUCGAGCAAAACAAGACCAACAAGGAUAAUCUCACGCAAGGGUUCAGCCAGCUUAACCUCAUGGUCAAGUUGUUCUAUGAUCUCUCCUCCCACGAUCUUCCUCCCAUGUUUGAAGACAACAUCUCUGGAAUCGCCACAAUUUUCCUCAAGUACCUCACUUACGACAACCCACUACUGCACACCGACGACGAAACUGAGGCUGGCCUGUUGGAAUAUGUCCGUGCUGGAAUCUUCGAGGCAUUGACGCUCUACGUGCAGAAGUACAUGGAUGUGUUCCAGCCGCACGUGGGACAGUUCAUCGGAAGCUCUUGGAAUUUCUUGUCCACAAUUGGCCAAGAGACCAAAUAUGAUAUUCUGGUCAGUCGGGCUCUGCACUUCUUGACGUCUGUCGCAGGCAUGCCAGAGCAUGCUGCUUCUUUCCAGGCCGAGGAAACCCUUGGACAAAUCGUCGAGAAGGUUAUCUUGCCCAACGUUAGCCUUCGCGAGUCAGAUGAGGAGCUGUUCGAGGAUGAGCCAAUCGAGUUUAUUCGACGGGAUUUGGAGGGCUCGGACAGUGAGACCAGACGACGAGCCGCCACUGAUUUCCUGCGCAAGUUGGCCGAAAAAUUCGAGGAGCCUGUUACCCGGGUUGUGCUCAAAUACACCGAGCACUAUCUGGCUGAGUACGGAAAGGAUGCCUCCAACUGGAAGGCUAAGGAUACAGCAACUUACUUGUACUCCGCGAUCGCGGCCAAGGGUACCGCAACUGCCUCGCACGGUGUCACUGCCACCAACCAGCUCGUCAGCAUUACCGAUUACUUCCAACAGAAUCUGGCCGCUGAUUUGAUCUCCGAGGACGGUGUCCACCCUAUCCUGAAGGUUGAUGCCAUCAAGUACCUGUACACUUUCCGCAGCAUCAUCACAAAGGAGCAGUGGCAACAGGUUCUGCCCGUGCUGGUCAAGCACUUGGCGUCCUCCAACUUCGUUGUCUACACAUAUGCCGCAAUUGCUCUGGAGCGCGUGCUCUACUUGACCGAUGCUCAGGGACAGCCUGUGAUCCCCCCCACUGAAAUCACCCCUCUCGCCAAGGACCUUCUGGAACAUAUUUUCCAGCUGAUCCAGGCCAAUUCAGCCCCCGAGAAGGUGCAAGAGAACGAGUUCUUGAUGCGCUGUGUUAUGCGGGUUUUGGUUGUCAUCAAGGAGGGCGUUGUUCCUUUCACGGAUAUCGUCCUUCAGCGCUUUAUCAACAUCACUAACAUUAUUAGCGCCAACCCCAGUAACCCACGCUUCUAUUACUUCCACUUCGAGGCGAUGGGUGCCUUCAUCCGAUUUGCUGCUCCCGCCAAUCCCGACAAGCUUGAGCAGGCCCUGUACGCUCCCUUCGCUGGAAUUCUUCAGAAUGAUGUUCAAGAAUUCAUGCCCUACGUUUUCCAACUCUUCGCCGCUCUCCUCGAAGCCAACCAGGCAGCAACUCUCCCGACUUACUACCAGGAGCUUAUUGGCCCUGUUCUGAUGCCUGUGAUGUGGGACUCUAAGGGAAAUACCCCUGCUCUGGUCCGCCUGCUUUCCUCCAUCAUUCCUCGUGGGUCGCAGUACAUCAUCGAACACAACCAAAUCGAGCCUAUCCUCGGUAUCUUCCAAAAGCUCGUCUCAACCAAGACCAACGAGAGCUUUGCGUUUGAUUUGCUAGAGACUUGUGUUGCCAGCUUCCCACCUACGGCCCUGGAGAACUACUUUGUCAUGAUCAUGCAGAUCAUCCUGCAGCGUCUGCAGAACUCCAAGACAGAGAACUUGACUCUUCGUUUUGUCCGCUUCUUCCAUUUCCUUUCGGCUCAUGAUGACAAGGGCUACAGUGCCGAUUUCAUCAUUCAGGUCACCGACAAGGUGCAAGAAGGACUUUUCACUCCCAUCUACCUGAACGUCAUCCUCCCCGAGACACAGAAACUUGCUCGGCCUUUGGAUCGCAAAACAGCUAUUGUGUCCUUCACUAAGACCCUCGCCAACUCCGAGGCAUUUGCCACUCGCUAUGCCCAGAAGGGGUGGGGUUUCACCUGCACUGCUUUGCUGAAGCUCCUUGAGCUUCCUCCUUUGCCUGCUAGCCGCGACGACAUUAUUGCCGAUGCCGACAUUGAGGACAUGUCCUUCGGUGUUGGUUUCACCCCCUUGAACACCAUCCGUGCUGUCCAGAAGGACCCUUGGCCCGAGACCGGCGCUGACCUCAAAGCUUGGGUUGGCACUUAUCUGAAGGAGUCUGACAAGAAGCAAAAUGGCCGCGUGUCGCAAUUUGCUUCCGAUCGUCUGGACCAGGAAUCCAAGGCAGUUUUGGGAAGCUACAUUUCCUAA